GACGCGAAACUUGAACGCGACCUUCACCUCCUGUGCCCAAACACAUUUACACAUCCGCUUCGUCACAACAUGGGCGACUUUCGGAGGAGGUCUACCAUGCAGCCACCUGGGGAUGUGCUAGGGAAUGCUCGUUCAAACUUACCAAUGCCGUCCUCCAUUAUGAAGCCAAAGGCAGGACGUAUGUCGAUGUCGGGACCUGCUCUUCGAGGACCAAUGUUGCCGCCACCUGUGCCCUCUACGAUCCAGAGAAACAACAUGUACAGAUCACAGAAUGCAAAUGCUUUACAGAUGAGCGUCAGCAAAGGACGAACUCCCCAACCUAGUUUCUAAUAGCUAACAUAUAUUCCGUGAUUUAGUAGUGUUCGAAGAGGCUCGAUGUGGCAUGGUGCUAUUCCAGGAGCAGGUCCAAGCGGUAGCCAAGCCACGAAAGACCCUCGGAAUUUGCGAGAUGGUCCUACCCAAGCGAAAAUGCGUCGGGACAUCAUCGAAUGGUUGCACCGGACAGACCUGGACGUACCCAAUAAUAUUCUUCAAAGUCUGACAGCACGACAGUUCGGAGAGAUAUAUCAACACCUAGUGUUGCUCGUUGAUCCUGCAUGGCCAUUCAAAGAAGGAGCGAGAUUAGAAGAGCAAUUCAUUCAACCUCUUCAGGCACUCAGAUAUCCUUUCGUCGGAUCGAUUGAUAUCCGUUGGCUUGCCGCUCCCGCAGCGCCGCAUUCUUGGCCUUCUCUGCUCGCUGUUUUGCAUUGGCUCGUGGAAUUGGGCAAGGCAAGAUUACAUUACAUGGAAAGCGAAGAUCCAACGCUCCAAGAACCUUCGUUAGUGCCAGACGAAUUUGACGAUAUUCACUAUCAUCAGGCUCUCGCCAUGGACUAUUAUUUGGCGGCAUAUGAGGUCUUCCUUUCGGGUCAAGAUGUAUAUCCUGAGCAGGACAAGGCACUCGAAGAGCGAUAUGCGAAAAAGGACGAGAAAGUCGUUUCGGACCUGAAUCAGCAGAAGGAGAGACUGGGCGAGCUUAUGGCUGAAUUAAAGCAGUUAGAGAAGUCCCCUCCUCCAAUUGAGCAACUGAAAACGAGCAACGGGUACCUCAAACACGACAAAGCAAAGUUUGAGGAAGUGAUACGUCAGCUGGAGGAUCGCAAGCAACGCUUGAUAGAUACCAUAGCUCACGAAAAGGCAGAGAUCAGCUUAGCAAUGUCGAACCUCGAGAGGUUGAAGCAUGAGCAUGAACGCUUGACCGACAUUGUUAAGGCGCAAAACCUCACACAGGAAGAGGUGCAUCGGAUGACUUCCGAGCAUGAGAGUUUGACUCGUGAUCUCGAGCAUCUGAAAGCCAAGAUAAGCGAGACUAACAAGGCCGUCACGAAGCUAGAGGUGUCGUUGACCAGGAAGGUGGAGGACGCUGAUGACGCUGUGGAUACCUACAAUAACCUCCUCUCCGCGUUGAACCUUUUCCCGCCACUGCCUCCACCAUUACCCGACAUCAACCUGACACUCAAACUGAAUAGUGCGGCAUCGAAUCCACAGGAAAUGCUCGUGGGAUCAGAUGUACGAGAAGAGAUAAAGCCAGCACUCCUUAAGAUUGCGGAGCUGAAGAGGAACGAACGCGCCACACUAGAGAAUGAGCAGAUUACGGUGGAUGCAGACCUCGAUCAGCUCACGGCGGAUUGCGAGAACCUCGAAAGUGAAGUUGUUGAGGUACAAAAGAUGACGAAUGCAUUGAGUGAUCAAGCUGAUGAUCUACGAGAGGCGGUACAACGGGAAGCUGUUAAAAGUAGCGAGGAGGCUCAACGAUUGGAAGAGGAGCUGAACAAGGCAAGAACGUCGGCUAUGGCUAACGGAGUUGGAGUAAAAUCUCGACUACAAGCUUUGGAUAUUGCGUACCGAGAACAAAUUGCCAAGGCAGAGCGUUUGCGAGAUGACACCGUGCGGGCAAUCGUCAAGAGUAGCAGUGAGAUUGUGGCAUUCAAGGACGAGGUGUCAAGACAGCUCAAGUAUCUCCAUGAUUUCGCCGAUGCCAACUGAUAUGUCGAUCCACAAGAUUACCGAUACCCUGGGCUUGGGUUCUAUGUUGUAUUUUACGAUUACAUUUGCCGCCGUUGUAUUUUCUAUUCUAAUUAUAUGUAGCACUGGGUUGUUCUGGCUGUUUCUUCAUCGUUCCUCGGCUGUACUAAUGGGAUUGUACCCUCCAGUAACAUAUCGAUUUUCCCAAGCUCCCUUUCAACUACUUUUCCUAAAUAGGACUGGUUACAUGGAUCGAUGAGUGAUCGAGUAUAAACGCUGAGACAC